AUGAACCAUAAUUCUCGUGGUAGAAAGAUUCUUGAACUACUGAAAAGUUCUGCGAAUUCUUCUGCUGCAUUUACAGAAUCAAAUAAUACACAAAUCAAUGUUUUAAAUGAAAAGUAUAUUAAUAGAAAUGCCUUGAGUUUUGAUGAUGAAGAUGAGUCUGACAGAGACAAAAGUUAUGAUGAACUACUAAAAAGUUCUGCGACUUCUACUACUUUUAUAGAAGCAAAUAAUACACAAAACAAUGAAGUUUUAAAUGAAGACCAUAUUAGAAUGAUUAGAGAUGCCUUGAGUUUUGACGAAGAAAAUGUGUCUGAUAGAGAUCAAAGUUAUGAUGAACUACUAAAAAGUUCUGCGACUUCUUCUACUGCAUUUACAGAUGAAGAGCAUAUUAUCGAUGCCUUGAGUUUUAAUGAAGAAGAAGAUGAUGGAGACAAAAGUUAUGAACCUGCAACUUCUGCAACAGAUUCCAGUGAUGAUUCACCAUCUUAUAAUGAAGUAAAAAGGAAAGUGAAGUAUAAAUCUAUUUCUAAUCAGAUAGGUAAAAAACGUGUCGUUAAAAAAACAUACAAUACAUACAUUAGCGAUGCCUUGAGUUUUAAUGAAGAAGAAGAUGAUGGAGACAAAAGUGAUGAACCUGCAAUUUCUGCAAUAGAUCCAAGUGAUGAUUCACCAUCAUGUAAUGAAGUAAAAAGGAAAGUGAAGUAUAAAUCUAUUUGUACUCAGAUAGGUAGAAAACGUGUCGUUCAUACCAGUGAAUGGGCAUGUAAUAUUCAGAAACGUAAAUAUUCUGCAGGUGAAGAAUAUGUUAGUAAAAAGGGUAAAGUUGUCCCUGCCAGAAUUAUGAAACCUCCUUGUUCUUGCAGACUAAAAUGUUUUGAAAAAUUAUUACAAAAUAACAGACAGGAGAUCUUUAAUGCAUACUGGAGUCAGGACAAGGGAACUGAUAUAAAACGGCAAUUCAUUUUUUCAUGUUUAGAGAAGCAUAGUACUGUCCGUUCAAGAAAAAGAGAUCCUGCCUCCAACAAGUCAAAAGAAAAUACUCUACAUUAA